AUGCAUAUGCUCAGCACGUCCCGCCAAAGGCCUUUCUUCCCAUCAUCGCCAGCACUGAUGGCCUCUUGCAGGAUGCGCUUUCUGUGGUGGUUGGCGGAUCGCUCGGCGAACAAGGAAACGGCAGCGCUGGAUGGUCUCACGGCCUCGCAAGACGUCUCAGGUGAUCCGACUUGUAAACGCAUCCGGUCCAGGAUCUUUCGUCAGCUCAAGGCCUCCUGGCAUGGGGCGGGGGAAUUGUCCUGCGCGCAGUUAAGUGGAGGUAUCCGUUACGUUCAUGCCAUCCUGAGCGGCACAGACUUCAAUAAUCGCCAUCCUCUCAUUCUUCACUUCAGUUGCCAUGCAGGGAAUGAAGCAAUCGGCCUCUUCCGAAAUAUUGUCGUUUCUGAAACCAUCAUGGACGCUGUCAGUGCUCACAAUCUGCAGGCAGAGAAGGAGGGAGCUGCCCAAGCGCAGCUGGUGGUGUUCAACGCAUGUGCUUCCAACGAACAUAAAAGGAAACUGGCAAAGAUUGUUGACUUUUCGAUCGGACACAAAGGAGGCUUGGAAGAUGAUAAAGCGAUUGAGUUCACAGAGAAAUUGCCUGAGGAGGAGGCAGAAGAGAUGGAAGAAGAUGGAGAAGCAAUACAGGGAGAAGAAGCAACACCAGUGACUUCAUCCCUUAACGAGGACUGGCUCGCGAAGAUGGCUCGAUAUCUUUCGAAUAUGAAUUCGCACCUUUGCUCCCCAGCAGGAGACAAGAGUGAGCUCUCGGAUGAGGAGACAGUCAGUCAGUCUGAAGUGAGCGAUGCCGGUGACUCUGAAGAUGAACAGAUCGACUACGAAGUUAUCGUCACCGGAAAUGAGGGCAACAGUGACGACUUCAACAUGCACAUGAAAAGCUUCCUGCAAGAAUACAGCACCAUGUGCAGCACCAUGUGCAGGUUUUUGUGGUUGAAGGUAGUGAGUGAUGCAAGUAUCCAUGAGGAUCAGAAGCUCUGCAAACAUCUGAAAACGCUCCUCACCUUCAUGUUUCGGCUAAGUACGGCAGACCAAAGAUCCGAGGCUAAGUUGCUCCUGUCCAAGUUUGGAGUGGACGUGAAGACAGGGAAAGUCAACAGGGCGCAAGGCAUCGACAGCGUGCGGAACAGAUUCCAGGAGAACGACUCACGAGGGUUGUUCCCUCUUUGGAAAGAGACACCUCAGCUGCUCAAGAAUGCGGACAGUUGA